AUGCCUACCUCUUCUGCUAUUCAGCAGGCUUUGUCCUCUCAAUUGCCAACACAUGCAUCCAAACUGCCUAAACCACUGAUAUCACUCUGCGAAUCUCUGCUUGCAAGAUCAAGACAACGAGCAUCGAACCUGAAGCCCGAGGAAGAAAUUGCCCGCGCUUAUGCAUGCUGCGAAAUAGCCUGUAAGAGGCUUCGAGCCCAAUGUCGAUUGCCUGCAGUCAAGACAGGCGGCGCCCCUUGCAAGCCUGCAGUCUAUAAGAAGCUGGUGAUAUUUCUGGAAAGGGUCCUGGAUGAUGAAGCAAAUGCAGCAAACCCAACAACACCACAAAAGUCAGCUUCGAGGAAGAGAGCUGCCAAUGGGACGCUCAAAGAUGCCUUGAUGGAUGAGGCCCAUCAAAUCCAAACGCCAUCACGAAAACCGAGGGAAAAUAAUUUCAUAGGCAGAAUAAAAUCUAGCAAGACUUCAGACCUUGAAUCACAAGGGGAGGCACCGAGCUUUGUCAUGCCGUCAAUUCGAAGGCUGUGCAAGACUUUCUCGACACCGCUACUUGCGCCCCACGUUUACACCGGCACAUGUGUGGUCCUGAAGCUAUCGGGGCUUUGGCCACAGGAUAAUGAAGACGGCGCGGAUGAAACACUACAGAACUCCCGCAGAGGCACGACUCCCAACGAAGUCAUCACUGGACUACUGAUCGCCUUGUAUCUCAUGACACUUACCAAGAUGCAAACUGCGAAGAUGACCUCGACAGUCUACAAAUCGGCCUGCGCAAAGUCUGCAGAAGUGCUUGAGUACAAACCCGGUGCUGCGGGAGUGGAGGACUGGAUCAGAACCAUCAAUCGUGACCAGUACUGUCGAGGCCAGGACUGGUGGGAAAGUGUGCCGGACUCCGUCUUUGACUUCGACCCGGAAAACACCGCAGGGAGCGGGCAAGACCUAGAUGAUGAAGAUGAAGACGAGCUCUUGACGGCUCGGAGGAAGCGACGGAUAGCAUCUUCCACUCACCAGAAAGCUAGCGGCGGACAAUCAAAAACAGCUGAUACUCAAGCUGAUGACCCGGAUGGGGUGCUUUUACCCGGGCUGGCAACAAUGAUGCAAGACGCAUUUGACCUGCUGAGCGAUGAACGACAGCAUGAAUUCGACCUUUGGAAAAAGAGCUUCCUGCGUCGGUUGGAUAGACUAGACAAACAACCAGGCAAAGCCAGUGGUGGCGGUAAAGCUGUAGCUACCAAAUGA